AUUCUGAUUCUAGGAAGACAUAUCAAUAUUUAUGCCUUGGUGCAAAAUCCCAGAGUGUCAUUCUGAUCCAUUUAGCUGUGAAGUGAUAUUUACCUGUUUCUCCUUCUCCAUGGAAACCGUCUACAAGUGUGUCUGUGACCAAUCCAGAUCUGUCUCCUAAAUCACUUACCACAGUCUGCAGGAAGAGGGAAGGAGAGACACAUUUACCUGUCCGUCAACCUUUUAGCCCAGGAUUGGAUGCACAUACACAUGCCAAUGGAAAAACUGAUGGAGGGAAAGUCGGAGCGUUUCUACCUAGCUGCAGAAGACCUUUUUUUAUCUCUGCUUUGUUCGUUUGGCAAUUGGUACAACAAGUCGGGUCGAGCUGAGCUUCACAGAUGUUCUUCUAAUUUCUCGAACUCUUCUGAAAGCCCAGCAGAGAUGUUUGCACACGAGUGGCAUGGAUUCAUCCCUCCCUGCCACAUGAGGUUGCUUAAACUGUGCCCCGUUUUGGCCUUUCUAGCCAUUCUGCUGAUCACUCCGGUCCUUCUAGUACAUAUCCUGUCCAGAGCUGACCUGCGGCAGCAGACACGUUACCUCCUCCUGGCCAAUGUUCUCUUCAGCGACCUGCUUUUUGUUUGCAUGAAUAUCUUGAGUGCCUGCAUCAAUUUAGCCGGUGUGUUGAUGACGGAGUGGCCGUGUGCCGUGCUGCUCUUCUUAUCGGCCGUCUUGUACAGCUCUGGUGUCCUGAGUAUUACAGCAAUGGUGCUGGAUACCUGCUUUGCAGUGUUAGCACCCUUUCGCUACCUGGCACUGUGGCCUGUGUCACGGACCUACGGAGCUCUUGGCGUAAUCUGGGUCAUCUCUGUCUUUUUCCCUGCGGCAUCUAUUGGCGUGUUUUUGUGGUACCAUAGUACGACCCCCUGCGCCCUCCACCUCUGCUCCCUUCCUUUGCUGAUGGUUUUGACCGUAAGCCACUUUCACCCACUCCAUGUCUCCAUGCUGCUGACGGUCACGGGUAUCAUUUUCAUCCUUCUUAUGGUGUUGUCUGGUUACCUCAUCCUCUAUUUUUGUACCUGUAGUUCAGGCGUGUGGAAGGGCGAGACCUCGUCCCGCGCUAGAGGAACAUUUCUCAUCCAUUAUCUCCACCUGUUCCUGGCUUUCUGCCCCCUGCUGGUUUUGAUGAUCGAGUUGAUGCUUUUCAACAGCAGUGAGACUAUGGACCCAAAAGUGUAUCUGUGGAUGUCCCUGGUGGUGUGUAACGUCUUACUCAUCCUGCCCAAAGCCUUAGCGCCGUACCUGUACGGGCUCCGCUAUAGAGAACUGUGCAACGUGCUAUUCCAGUUCUUUCGGCUGAAAAGGCCUACAACUAUCACACCUGUAAUAUAAAUAUGAUUAUUUCAACUUGUGAAAAACACUUUUAAAAAGGUGUUGCUUAACUUUUCAUCAACCAGUUAAAACUGUCAGUUAAACCAGUUAAAAUGUUAAAUUAGUUAUCUGUAAUGAUGCUCA